AUACUCUUAUAUUAUAUUCUAUCUUCUAUUUUGCUGUUUACACCGUAGUUCAUGUGCUACAUUACUCUCUGUUGGAUUUAAUCUUUUUUCCCUUCAACCGAAGGGUAGAAAGAGGGCACACAGAUGUAAAGAUUUUAAUUGAAAUGCCAACAUCGAGAUCGAACUCGACUGUCAGCGACCUUCGUGUUAAGUAACCAGUGACAGACUCUGGUGACAAACUUCUCCACAAACUGACACGAUUGUCCACAUAGGCAGUAAUUUUUGGAGAGAGGAUGGCAUUCAUUAUGAAACUGAUGCUCCUUCUUGAUGUAUGGAUCAUUCUGCAUGCCCAGGAAGUGUUUAUGAAUUAUAAAAAGUCCUGCUUUGGAAGUGAUUCUGAAGAUUCCUAUGACAGCAGCGUUGAUGGCAUUUUUCCGGUGGGCUGCACAGUACAAUUGAAAUGCCAGUAUUAUGACUGCAUGGCAAAAGGAAAUAACACUUUCUUAUAUAUUGAAAUCAAUAAUGCUGAGCUAAACAAAUCAGUCAAUGUCUUGGCGAGAAGUGGAUGUGACGUUGAAGUCCUGAUAGCUGAUGUGACGAUGGACUUCGAUGAUGUUCGAGUUGUUUGUAAAGACUUGCUCCAUCCUGAAGCAUACCGAACAAGGUCACUUACAAUUGGAUAUCCACCGGUGGAGCCUGAGAACCUAACUUUGAUCCAUUCCAGUAAUUUCCUUCGUUUAACUUUCGAUAAAGUGAAAACAGGACGAGAGUUAAAUGACGAGUUAACACAGUGGACAAUUGCCUACCUAUGGAGCGACGACACGUGCAGCUGUAGCAGUGUGGAAGAAGAAUCCAGGAUCGUGACUUGCACAAUUAUUCUCCAGAAUGCAGUAGAUGAUGGUUCUCAUUCUGAUAAUUGCUUGAGCAACGUUUACAAACCAAUCCUUUUUAUCAUCAGUGCUGAAAAUAAGUUUGGAAAGAUGGAGAUCUCAAAAUCAUUUUCUCUGCUCGAUUACAUGACAGUGCCAGAAGUGGCACCCGAGAUGUGUGUCAGCUGCUUCUCGGACCUGCCAUGUGACACUGAAGACUGUCGUCACGUGAUUGUCUACUGGCAGUCCAUCCCCCAACCAAUUCACGAGGGCUUCGUCAUCAACAACUACGAUCUACUUGUGUUGGACGGGGACCAGGUGGUGACCUCCUACAGGCCAGGAGGCGCAGACACAUCGUGUUUCCUCCACCUGUCAGCAUCCGUGCCUACACCGUGCAGCUGUUUGCCGUGACAGUGUUAGGAGCUCGUUCCUCCAAGUAUUCCACCGUUCACUUGACCCCGCUGAAAGACAAACCUGCUGCUCCUCCAUCCUUUCUGGUGGAAAAAGACAAGAUAACCCCUUCACUCGGCACACGCAACUGUAUCUCACAUGGUCACAUGACAGUAAACCAGUAAUUAAUUACCAAGUUUUCUGGUGCCGAGGCUCAAAACCGAGCUUCACGUGUAAUGAUUACAUCCAUUCUCAGACUUUACCCCCCUCAUCUACUAGCUUCACGCUUAGUCUACCUGAGGACCCAGACAGUUUCCUGGUGGGUUUGUCACGUCAGGUUAAACAACAGGAUGGCGGCAUUGCCUCCAGUGGGAUCCAGUGGUACAGACCCACUUACCACAGACAUGCAAGUUUUUCAAGACACCAUAGAUGACUCAUUGUAGUAAAGCAUGGAAUACUUUCGAAGUAGAUGAUUUACCAAGGUGCGUGGAUUGAUGUGAAGUCACCUGAGGUGGUCAUCGGUGCUACAGCUUGUCCUACUUCGACAAAGGACAAAAAGCCGUUGACGAAAUGUUUGUAACUUAAAAAAAAA